AUUUUAGUUAUUAACCUUGUGGAGUUGAUUUCCCCAGUUUGAUCGAACUAUGUGAAUUGCCCUGGCUAGUAUGUUCCACAAAUUGUUUCAGGUUUUUUGGAUAAACAAGUUGCUACUCAUCUUGUUGGUGACCUUCCAUGGCGCUUCAUUAAUAUAUGGAGCUCAUUCUUGGACGCCUACUCACCCAUCAUCUAUCUCUAACUCAUCCUUAAUCGAUGAUCGUGAUGCAGAUCCUUUUCGGUUAAGUUAUAUCAAAGUGGGGUUGGCAGCAGCUUUUUUUUUCACUGUACUUGUUUCGUGUGGUCUGCCAGUUUUAUUGAUAAACUACCUGAAAGAACAAAAUAGUCUACCAUUGUUCAAUAACAAUCGAAGAUUUCAUUUGAGUAAAGUGCAACAUAGUGGGUCAGACCAAGUUAAAGUAGAAAAUAGGGAUGAUGACAUUGGAUUUCAAUACUGUGAUCUAAAUUUAUCUCCACCUUCAGGAAGGAGUCCUGUAAAUGUUUCUAGUGGUGAAGUGUAUGCAGAUAACAAUGUUUCAUGGAACCGAGCGCCGUUUCAACAACAAACUUCGGUGGAAUCUGAAAGUUUAUCCACUUGUCAAAGCCCUAAUCCUGCAUUAAUUAACGGAGACCAGUUUGAAAACAGAGAUUUACUUACUGGUCAGGUGGUCCAUAAUGAGCGAAACUGGGCCAGUUCAUUUAGGAUUCAAGAUCGAAUACGUGGUCGUAAUUUAAGUGAUCACUCUAUUAUACAGAAUCGAAGAGAUCAUCAGAAACAAGAGAAACAAAUGUCAUCUCGAAAAGUUUGUCUUUCAUCAGGAACAACGCGUAAAGAAGCAUUACAAGCUUGGUUUAGUCGGUGUAAUUGUUUUGCCGCUGGAGUAUUCUUAUCUUCAGGUUUUAUGGAACUUUAUCCCGACACUGAAGAAGCUAUAGCAGAGGCAAAAAUUCAGUUACAUAUUAAAUCUGAAUUCCCAUUCGCUCCAUUUUUAACUCUUGUUGGAUUCUUUCUGGUUUUAAGCAUUGAACAAAUUAUAUGGACAACAAAAUCAAAUCAAUGGACAUGUUGUUCGAGAAGAAAUCUUAACACUAGUCAAGCAUUACAUCGUGAUUCAUUACAUUCGAAUGAAAAUGAUUAUAAUUUUGAAAGUAAUGGAAAUUUUUACCUUGAUGACAAUAAUAGCAAUAACAAUGUAAAACAUAAUGAGAUUACUGCAAAUCACAAAUUAUCCUUGGAGGACUCACAACAGAAUAACAUUGGAUAUUUAUCAUCUAAACUUAUGAAAAGUAAUGCCAAGAGGCCAUCGAAAUUAUCCAAUGCAACAAAUACUUCAGAAUUGACUGCAGUCGAUUGUUCACCUACAUCAUCUACUCAUUCUGGGAAUGAUUUUCUUCUAGAAUCCAAUAUUACAAGAAACCACGUCGAACAUGCUGGCCACUGUCAUGAUGAUAAUAAUGCUCGUCAUCAUUCUCAUACUCAUGAUAUUAAAUUUGAUACUAGCUCCUUUGGAUCAGUGUUACGUAUUGUUCUACUUUUAUGCGCUAUGUCUGUACAUUCAAUAUUUGAAGGUUUAGCAGUUGGUCUUCAACCUACAACACAACGUACUCUUGCCUUAUUCACUGCUAUUUUAUUACAUAAAAUUAUCAUAGCUAUUGGAAUUGGUGUAAAUUUAGCUACGAAUUUAAAUCAACCGCCAACAUCUUCAGGUUCUUCAUUUCCAUCUCGAUCCUCCUAUUGUCGUCUUUUUAUGUAUCAAUCUAUUGGAACAUUAAUUUUAGCUUGUUCAUCACCAUUCGGUGUUCUUGUUGGUUGUGGUUUAAUGCAACAAAAACAAUCACCAAUAUUGACAAUGUCAACUGCUGUACUUCAAGGUUUAGCUUGUGGAACAUUUUUCUUUGUAGUAUUCUGUGAAUUAUUACCAGUUGAAUUUAAAGAAGGUGUCAAAGAUAGGAUGGGAAAGUUUUUUUUCUUAUUACUUGGAUUUGCAGUAGUUGCAUUAUAUGCUUUUUUAAUGCCUGAAUAAACAUUGUUUAUUCAUUGUAUGAAUUUAUUCUUUGUUACUUUUUAAAAGAAAAUUACUUCGCGCCCAAUUUUAUGAACCAUUUAUAAUCAAUUAAAUUUAUAGUCCUUAUCAGUUGUGUAUACGUUUCUUUUAUUAUUUUCUUUUUUUUCAUUACUUCUUUUUAGUUUGGUUGUUCUUCUCUUAGUUGUAUGUCAAAAUCAAAUUAAAUGAUAAUAAAUUCUACUUUAAGUUGGAUAAUUAUUUUUGAACUAUAACUUUCUUCAUUUGGUAUUGUUUUGCUUGUAUCUUCCCAUUGAGGUUUAAGACUGCAAUUGAUCAGUCUGUUAGCCACUAUCCAUCUUUGCUUGUAACUUUCUUCGCUACAAACUUUCUCUCUUUAAUUGUCUAAAUUUCUUUUUAUAAAUGAAUUCAUUAUCUCCAUCUAUUACUUCUAAUUUAUUUAUGUAUCUGUCUAACUAGGUACAUUAUUUCUUUUCUUUCACAUAAAAUUUUAAUUGAUCAGUUUCUGUGCAUAUUUAUUUUCGAUAGUUUGCUUUAUAUAUACAUGAUCUCUGGUAAUUUUUUUUCUGAAGUACAAUUCAAAGUACUGCUUUCGGUGUCUGUUUUUUUUAUCGGGAUAUGUUUCUCCUGUUGGAGUUUGAUUAUUUAUUUGUGUGUUUGUGAAUAUCUGGAAUAAAUAGAACAUCUGAUUUG